UGUGCUGUGUUUACAUUUCGUUGUGUUUCAUUCACGCGUUGUUUAAUAAUGUUCAGAUUGAAUCCUUUGAAUUCUGUGGAAAUCGUAUCAGUUAUAUCUAUAGUUCGAUAGAAAGGAGUGUUCGUCGAUGAUGGCCCUUAUGAUCCAUGUGCGACACACCCCAUGAAGAAAAUGGCCUUGGAUGUAUUUUUCAAAUAGGGAUUGUUAAUGAACAUGAAUAGAGAACGUAGCUAAGGGAAGCUGUCAUGGAGAGCAAAUCUAAGAAAGGGGAAAAGAUAGAAAAUAAGGACGAUAAGCCGGAAUUAGCAUGGGUGGAAACAGUGCUUGGUGAAAUGAAAAAUGAAUUCAAUAAGCAGUUAUCGUUUGCUAGCUACAAAACGGAUUAUGGUUCCAAGAAAAACAGUGCCAGUAGUGCUUCGACGAAGAAGCUCGAUACACGGAAAGCAGAAUCUGCAAAAGGUGCAAACAAGGAAGGUAAAAAAUCUGCUCCAUCUCACAAAUCUGGUGGUUCGAAAUCCUCAACAGGAAAGUCUGUUCACAGUAAACCUGGUACUUCAAAAACUAGUAAUACUAAACAGCAUUCCAAACAAGUUGUAAUUGUGAAGCCGCUUCCUGUGAAGCAGGCAACUACAAAAUCAACAAGCAGCAGCCCUGUAGCGGAAAGAGUGAGUAAAAAUGCCAGCACCAGGAAGUCUGCUGUGCUUACAGGUACAGAUUCCUCUAGCAAGGGGUAUACCAAGAAACAGGAUAGAAUCACUACUGCCCCCAGUGCUACAACAACAAAACGUGGAACACCAUCCACAGUAUCAGCUGACAAGAAAAGUGAUAAGAAAUGUGAUGUAAACAUGGGUGGCAAUCAUCUUUCUGGUAUAAAACAGAAUGUUUGCAAAGCAGUUAGUGACAAGCUGACUGUAGCACCUGUAGUAGCGGCUGUUUUUAAUACUGGGGAUAAGAUGUCUGUUGAGAGCUCCACCACUGUUAUUCCUGAGACCACCAGAACUAAAGCAGUCACAGUUAGUGAUAUGAUUCGUUCUAACAGCAGAACUGUCACCACUCCAAUCUCUAAUACAGCUGCAGCCUCCAAAUCCACCUUAAGAGUAACCUCAACUACCCGCCAUGCUGCUGCUGCUGCUGCUGCUGCUGUGCUGUCGCAACCAGCACUAUUAAUGUGCUCAACACUGGUACCUCUAGUGAUGGCUGUGCCACCUUCAUCAGUACAGGCAUUGCCACUGCACCUUGUAUACAAGCCCCUGUAG